UGGCCCAUUUAAGAGAAGGACUAGCUCCUGUGGUAGUUGAGGCAAUCCAUCGUGACUACAGGGUUUACGUGUCGCGAAUAACUCAAAAGUGUAAAAUAAGCAGGUUCUCUUGCACAGGCUGUAUAACUAGUACAUUGAUUCCAGCUCAUAAACCGACCUCGUGUAAAUACCGAAAACGAGAACUGUGUAACUGCUCCACAGGUACAACAAAAUGUCCACAGAGCGGAGCGUGUGGUGAAUUCUAAAAUUACAUCGUUAGUGCACAUGCGCACAAUUCACCAUUUUGGAAUAACUGUGAUUUUCAAAAAAUCUCACAAAAUGUUUGGCAUUUCGCCAAGUGUUUUAUUUCUGGAUCUGGCAAAAACAACAUCGAAUGCAGCGACGACACGGAUUCAGCUGACAUGAUCAGCAUCUGUCUAAACUACAGAAAGCUGAGAGAUCAGUUUUCUACUGAGGACGUUUUGAAAAAGGCAAGAAUGGUUAGAAAUCACAUUCUUCAUUCUGGCAAGAUGGAAUUGACGAAAGAUGAAGUAAAUGCAUAUAUAGAUGUUUUAAUUGCAGUUCUAAAGGAAAAACCCUGUCAAGAAACUCAUAACGCAAACAGUUACAUUAUUAAACUGGAAAGAAUAACAACAGAAACAAAGGCGAGUGUUAAGAUUAUUCAAGAUGGUGUUAAGAUUAUUCAAGAUAACAUGCAAGAGAUAAAAACAACAUUGGCUGAUAUACACAAGUAUUGGGUUCAGGGGAAUGCGCCCAUCCCAGGUUUAGUAUGA